UUGUGUGGAACCCCCGGCUACCUAUCACCUGAAAUACUAAGGUGUCAAAUGUAUGAGGAUGCUCCCGGCUACUCAUUUCCUGUUGAUGAGUGGGCGCUUGGAGUUAUAAUGUACACUCUGUUGGCUGGUUACGCUCCAUUUUAUCAUAGAAGGCAACUACUCAUGAUGCGAAUGAUUCAAGAGGGACGAUACGAGUUCCGUGCCGAGCAGUGGUCUACAAUUACCCAAGAAGCCAAAGAUGUUGUUAGUUUUCUAAUUUUUCAUUCCUUUUAA